GCGCCGGUAACGGCCCCAGGAAUGGCCCCGGCGCCCAUAAUAUCCCUCCCUCCACCACGACAAUCGAUGUGCAGCUUCUGGUUACCCAUUGCAUACCUGCCAAGCUGAGUGAGUCCUUCGUCCACCCACCGACACCACUUGGCAGAGCACACAGCAUGAAGUCGCAACGAGUGACAUCGACCCUGCGACAUGCGAAAACCCUCCUCUCCGGCGCAGCCGUUCCCCGACCCGUUCACCACACCGUGAAGCCCGUCUGCAGCAAUGCGGCGCGAUACAUCCACGGCCAGACGGCCCGACGCAGCGGCGCACCCUCGAACCCAGCGAUCAAGUUCCCCUGCCUCGACGCCCUCGAAACCCGCUCGGCAACCCUCGAGCAGCAAGCCUCCACACGCUCCGACAAGAGCGGGCCAGAGCCGUCCUACACCGUGGGCGCAACCCAGAUCUACCGCUGCACCGAUCCUCUGCUGCUCGACCAUGGCGGCCAGCUGCACGAGUUCGACAUCGCCUACGAGACAUGGGGCCAGCUGAACGCAGCCCGUUCCAACGCAAUCCUGCUACACACAGGGCUAUCCGCCUCUUCGCACGCACACUCAACACCCGAAAACCCGCAGCCGGGGUGGUGGGAGAAGUUCAUCGGGCCUGGGCUGGCGCUGGACACAAACAAGUACUUUGUGAUCUGCACCAACGUGAUCGGGGGGUGCUACGGGUCGACCGGCCCAUCCAGCAUCGACCCGCUCGACGGCGAGCGGUACGCGACGCGGUUCCCGAUCCUGACCAUCCAGGACAUGGUGCGGGCGCAGUUCCGGCUGCUCGACCACCUCGGCGUGGACACGCUGCACGCCAGCGUGGGCUCCAGCAUGGGCGGCAUGCAGUCGCUCGCAGCGGGGGUCGAGUUCCCCUCGCGAGUCGGGCGCAUCGUCUCCAUCUCGGCCUGCGCGCGCAGCCACCCCUACAGCAUCGCGAUGCGGUACGUGCAGCGGCGAGCAAUCCUCAACGACCCGCACUGGAACCGCGGCUUCUACUACGGGCGAGUCCCCCCCCACGUAGGAAUGAAACUAGCGCGCGAAAUUGCAACCAUCACGUACCGGUCCGGCCCCGAGUGGGAACAACGCUUCGGGCGGCGGCGCGCCGACGGCUCCAAGCCCCCCGCGCUCUGCCCCGACUUCCUCGUCGAGACCUACCUCGACCACGCGGGCGAGAAGUUCUGCCUGACCUACGACCCCAACAGCCUCCUCUACGUCAGCAAGGCCAUGGACCUCUUCGACCUGGGCCGCGCCAACCAGGAAGCCACCGCCGCCCGCCGCGCCCAGCACGCCCUCACCCCCCCACCAUCACCAUCAUCCCCGUCCUCCCAAUCUGCCACCCCCUCCGGCGGAACCUGCAGCCUCACCCUCCCGGACAAACCCUACGAAGAACAACCCCAACCCUCACCUCCCACCACCAUCACCACCACAUCCCCAGGCACCACUACUCCCCAACCCCCCGCCGACCUAGUCGCCGGCCUCAAGACGCUGCGCAACCACCCGGUGCUGGUGCUGGGCGUGGCCAGCGACAUCCUGUUCCCGGCGUGGCAGCAGCGGGAGGUGGCCGACGCGCUGCGGGAGGCGGGCAACGCGCGCGUGGAGCACCACGAGCUGAGCGAGGUGCAGAGCCUGUUCGGGCACGACACAUUCCUGUUGGAUGUGGAGGGGGUGGGCGGGGCGGUGAGGGGGUUUUUGGGGUGA